UGUCCAUUUGACAUGGGCCGAAAAAUCCGGCCCGCGUCUUCUGCCUUCCCUCACUCCUCUUCAUGGGGGAGUGAGGGAGUCAAAAAAAAAACGAAGGUCGCAUUUUCAGUGGCGCGGAUAUAGAUCGCGAUCUGUGUCAUGGAGAACAAGCGAAAGUUCAACAACCUCAUCAGUGCAUAUGCGGUGCAAUGCAGUAAAUGCUUCAAAUUCAGGAUAAUCCCAACAAGAGAAGAAUACGAAACAAUCAGGCAAAACUUCAUCAAGGAUCCUUGGGUCUGCCACAACAAUCCUAAUCUUUCCUGCAAUGAUCCUGGUGAUGUAGAGUACAACACUAGUCGAUUUUGGGUCAUCGACAAGCCAAAUUUGCCCAAGACUCCAGCUGGUCUCGAUAGAUUGGCGAUCAUGAGAUCAGACUUUUCCAAGAUGGAUAUCAACUAUGUGAUGCCUAACGGAAAGAGGCUGAGGAGCUCAGUGGAAAUAGAGAAGUUCAUAGAAGCCAAUCAAGAGUACAAAGGCAGAUUUACCCCUGCAGAUUUUAGUUUUACGCCUCCAAAGAUUCCUGAGGAGAUGAUCCCCAAGGGCAUAGAGGGAAGUUCAAGUAAAAAGAAGAAGACUGGGCUGUAGUGGUGCGUUUGCCUGUUUGCAAACUUACUUUUUUAUUGAAGUAACCUCCUUUGGAAGGAGAAGAUGCUUGUGGGCUCUGUAUUUAUGGUGUGUGUACUUUGGCUGAAUCAGUACUUAGGGUCGUAAACAAGUCAAGCCAAGCUUAGUUUUAAUGUAACCGAGUCCUAAAAUGAACCGUUUGAAAUGAUUGUUCAAGCUUGACUUGGUUUAUUUUUGAUGUGCUUGAGUUUAACUUGAACUUUGUUCGUUUAAAUGUUAUCAAACUUUCAAUUUAA